AGUCAAUCACGCCGGUAAUGAUAGUACCUAAGAGGGAGAUGCGGUUUCGACGAGUGGCAUCCUCGUUAUCAUAUCUGCGGGGAGGGAAGGCGGAGCGGCGCAGGCCCCGCCCGGCCGACACGCCCGCGCGCCGCGCUCACAGCGCCCGACCAUGCCGCGACCGUCGCGCGAAUCCUAUGGCGAACACAAACCACCAUACUCCUACAUCUCUUUAACCGCUAUGGCCAUUUGGAGCUCCCCGGAACGCAUGCUGCCGCUCUCGGAAAUCUACCGAUUUAUCACCGACCGCUUUCCGUUCUACCGGCGCAACACGCAGCGCUGGCAGAAUUCACUGCGGCACAACCUCUCCUUCAACGACUGCUUCGUGAAGGUGCCGCGCCGACCGGAUCGACCCGGCAAGGGUGCCUACUGGACGCUGCAUCCGCAGGCCUUUGACAUGUUCGAAAACGGCUCACUGCUGAGAAGACGCAAGCGGUUCAAGCUACACCAGGAAGAAAAUUCAUCCUCAGAGUUGACGACGCUAUUUAACUUCAAUCAUAUGCUACACGCUCGGGUACCUCCGCUGCCAGCUCUUGAAACACAGGCAGUGCCUGAGCUGAAUCUCACAGUUCCGAAAAUAAAACCUAAUACGUCCUUCAUGAUAGACAGUUUGUUAAAAAGUGAUGUGGAAAGACCCUGUGCACUGGAUUCUCAUGAGGACCAUAUGGAAGUGAGUGUUACCGAGGAUCCGGUGACCAUGCCAGCAUGGUACAGGCCAGAGAUGCUGGCGUUGUGCGCGGCGAUGUGGCCACCGCAUCUGCCUCUGUUGUUCCCACCAGUACAGUUCACAUUACCUUUUGGGAAUAGCUUUAGUGAUGCAUAUUUUCAUUCGCCGUUUCCACCACGGUAAGAUCUUUCGAAGUAGUUACUCGUAGGCACCUACUUUAGGCUGAAUCUUUCAGCCAAAUGCAUUAUUUUGCCUGUUUGUAACCAGAAAUGGUAUAACUUAGGA